AUGUCACACCAGCCGGCCGACCAGGCAGCACAGAUCGGAAAUUAUCAGCAAGGGAUACCAGCGAUGCAACAACCGAGAGUGUGGCUUUUCCCUUCUGGGCCAGUAGGCAUCAUGCUGAAACUGGCCCAGAGCAGCAGCUAUCCCCAGGGCAGUAGGUCCCUCUACAGUGGCCAUGAUACCUUCACCCGUUGCUAUUGGACGUACUUCUGGCUAUCUUUCUUGGGAAAAACCGAGGCCUACGCCCCCAACGCCACGGUAUUCUCGGUGGCCCUGCGCUGCGGCUAUUCUACCGAUUCGAUUGCUGGAUGA